AUGCCGCCGCCGACUCCAUCAAACAGGCUUGCACUAUUCAGAAUGAGGAAGCCCCUUUUCCUACGCAUCAUGAGAGCUGUUGAAGAACGCGAUCAUUACUUUGUGCAAAAAAGAGAUGCGGCAGGUAAAAAGGGUCUUAGUUGCUUCCAGAAAGUUACUGCUGCUCUUCGAAUGCUCACAUAUGGGGUUUCUGCUGAUGCCACGGAUGAGUAUAUUCGCAUUGGCGAAAGCACCGCUCUCGAGAGCCUACGUAAGUUUGUUACUGCAAUUGUAGAAAUUUUUGAGGUAGAAUAUCUGAGACACCCCACUGAGGCUGACAUAGCACGCUUGCUAGCGGUCAAUGAGAAAAGAGGAUUUCCGGGCAUGUUAGGGUCCAUCGAUUGUAUGCAUUGGAAAUGGAAGAAUUGUCCAAUGGAAUCACAGGGCCAGUACAAGGGGCAUGAGAACAAGCCAACUAUAAUUUUAGAAGCUGUUGCAUCUUAUGACCUUUGGUGUUGGCAUGCAUUUUACGGGAUGCCUGGUUCUCAUAAUGAUAUCAAUGUUCUUCAUCGGUCUCCUCUAUUCGACAACCUGGCAGAAGGUAGAGCUCCAGAGGUGAACUAUACAAUUAAUGGCCAUGAGUACAAUAUGGGGUACUUCCUCGCAGAUGGUAUUUACCCCCCAUGGGCGACUUUAGUCAAGACCAUCUCAACUCCUAUGGGAAACAAGCAGAAGUAUUUUGCAACAGCACAAGAAGCAGCAAGGAAGGAUGUUGAAAGGGUUUUUAGGGUACUGCAGGCAAGGUUUCCUAUCAUUAGACAGCCAGGUCGCAUGUGGGACAGGGAGACACUUGCGUUGAUCAUGAGGGCUUGUAUUAUCAUGCACAAUAUGAUUGUUGAAGAUGAAAGAGUCGUCGACCCAGAUGAGUGGUUCCCGGAUGUUGCUGAAAAUUCUGAAAACGUGCAUGGUCCUGUAGCAAUGCUCAACGUCCCUAUCAGGUAG